AUGAUUAUCUACUGGGGCUUCGUCGUUCUGACGGCCCUAGCCGGACUUGCAUCCACUUACCCAACUGGGGGUGCUCAGGUGUGGGGCCAGCUGCGAGAAAAUAUUAAGCAUGUCAUCUAUCUGACUCUUGAGAACCACUCGUUUGACAACAUCGCUGGCUAUUGGGACUUUCAUCCAGAAAUUGACAAUUUGCGCAAUCUCACCUUUUGCAAUGACUACACCAACCCUAAUUGGACAGUUUAUGGGGAGCCGCUAGCAAUCUGCGCUGAGCCGUAUGCGACCGAGGUGCCACUAAAAGACCCGGAUCACAACUUUGGCGGAGUCACCUACGAAAUCUUCCGCGGGUGGAACCCGACAAAAGAGGAUGCCCCCAAUAUGGGAGGUUUCGUCGAGCGCCAAUCGGAGAAGUACAAUGCUACCCCUGGAGAUUCAGCAUUCGUGAUCAAGGCCUUGAACCAGAGGAAGACUAGCACUCUGGUGGAGCUGGCAAGCAAUUUCGCCUUCUUUGAUUCAUAUUUCGCCGAGCACCCGGGUCCCACUAAUCCCAACCGCCAAUUCGCAACCUCGGGCUCAUCCUGUGGUUUUGUCGAUAACACUGAUCAGUCCGCUGGGUUCUGGAACAAUGUGACUGGAACUACUUGUGCGGUCUCGAUCUUUGAAUCGCUCAGCAAGAAAAAUAUCAGCUGGAAGAAUUACUACGAGACCGACAUAAUCGAUGGAUUCAUGUAUAAAUGGGUACAAGACAAUGCAAUGGACCGUCUCGUCCAUGCAACGGAGCUCUACCAUGACCUGGAAGUCGGCACACUGCCUUCAUUCUCGUACCUGAACCCGGAGUGCUGUACAGUUGACUCGAUGCAUCCUACCAGCAGUAUGGCAGCAGGGGAGCAGAUGGUCAAGCACUUGUACGACGCCCUGCGUCGCUCCAAGUACUGGGACAAUGCUGUUUUGAUCAUCAACUUUGAUGAGCAUGGUGGGUUUGCGGACCAUGUCCCUACUCCAGUCAACGUGCCUCAGCCCGAAGACGGUAUCAUCUUCAAGGGCAAGUCAUCAAACCACAAUUUUACGUAUGACUUUACUCGCCUGGGAGUCCGUGUCCCUGCCUUCAUAAUCUCGCCCUGGGUACCCGCCAACCUCCUCAUCCACGAUCAAGGCACCAUGUAUGCCGACAAUUCGGCCUACACCCAUAGCUCAAUUCUGCAUUUCUUGCAGGAGCUGUGGGGGCUUGAGGGCUUGAACAACAGGGUCCAGUGGGCCAAGACCUUCGAAACGGCUUUCACGAACAAGCGACGAGACGAUACACCCAAGGCGUUGGUUCAGCCGACCUGGUAUGGUGGUAGUGGGCAGCCGGAACCGGAACCGUUCUUCCUUUUGAACCAGGAUGAGAGUUACUAUGCACGUCGCCAGGCCGAGGCUAAGGCUAAGGCUAAGGCAUAA